CCAAACUACUCCGACAAACAGAAUUCAUUUCGCUUUCAACGCAUUGUAAAACUGAAGUAGUAUUACAUUUGGUAACUCUUGUUCCUGAUGGAGUUGCGUCCAGCAAAGGAAGCUCGCUUGGCGGGUGCUGUCUCUUUCGCUAUUCCCGAGGUCAUUGUGUUUCCACCUCAAGAAGAGGAAAUGAAUGAACCAUGCAUUUCAUAUGCUCCCAAUGAGUCUCUUCAAGGUCUCCCAAACCCCCACCGCUCGAAACCUCGUUCAGUUCUCAAUGCAAUGCUCCAGCUUUUCACAUGUCUCCCAAACCUAAACGAAGAGCUCCCCGUUGCUGCAAAACUACCAAACAUUGCAGAGUUUGUAAAGAUGGUCCGCAAGUUUCAAUGUGAUGGAAAUGAAGAAGAACUAGCAAGAGUUGCUCCGGCAGAGCUUGUCGAAUUGAACUGGUGGAGAGAGGCAUGCGGACUUCCAUCAGAAGAUCACGCGCCCCAUGUACAGAAUAUGAUUGUCCCCGAUGUGGAAAAGGUUACCCGUGCCAUGUUGGACGACGUGCUAGGAAGAACGAGGUUCGGAAGGAGGUUUGAGAUGGGAUUAGUCGAUGCCCCACAUCCCGCAAAUCUCCAGGCAAAAGGAUAUGGAAACGCAGCUAUCGCCCUGAAGGGAAGAACUGAUAGUGCUGUAGAUGUCCUGGAUUCUGGAAGCGCCAGGCAGGAAACAACCUCUCUUCUCACCAUCCCUCUUGCCGACUAUAAUGACCAGGAAACAGUGUCUCUGAUCUCACUUCUUAACAACCGGUUCGGUCAUGCAGUCGCUACUUUUUUUUUCGGCGGUCCGUUCAGCAACCGCUCCUUGCUGUCAAAUUUGUCAAGCGCCUUCCGUAGUCCCGAUUCCUCUCCUCUGUCGACGCCUAAUGCUACACCCGAUCGGCAGAUACGAUUUACACGACUCCCUCAUUACCUGACAAUUCAUCUUCAGCGUCCCGUCGUCAAUGGCGGGUCCUAUCAUGCACCGCCGAUUGAGCUGCCGCUUGAGGUCGAUCUUGGGUUUUACCUCGAGAACCGACAUUCGGAUCAAAAGACAUUUUAUCGUCUUCAUGGAUUUGUGACACAAACCGGUGGACACUUUCUCACUUACACACGGCUGAGAGGCGGGUCCCGGUGGUUCAAAUGCCAAGAUGAAUUGGUGCAAGAGGUAGAGCUGGGCACAAGGGUUGAGAGCAAAGGCGUUGUUCUCGUGAUUUACAGGCUCCAGGAGCAUUAGUUAGGCUUCUCUGAUUCCAUAUAUUUUUUACAAUAUUGUAUAUAUUUUAAGUAAGAUACGGACAUAUGUUUUGAAAAUAAACUUGCAAAAUACAGUGAGCUCAGUCUCGCGGUCGAC